CUGCCUCCAACCACAGCUGGUCGUCCAGGCAACCAGACUGUCACGGCAACCUCGCUGACGCUGAAGAAACUGGACUUCCUGCUGAAACUGGGCUGAAGGAAGGAAAGGAGCGUAAAUCUUCUGGAACAGACUCUUCAGAUCUCUAAUGCAAGACAGGACCUUAUAUCAUCCACCUUCCAAUGCAUUUAACGCGUCCAAAGUCCUCCAAAGGUCGAAGUAGACCCGCUGUAAGAAGCUCUCUAUUCGCAGAUGAGACGGACUACAGCACCCAGAGGCCUCCUGCGUCUCCAGACCCUCCUGCAUCUCCAGACCCUCCUGCGUCUCCAGACCCUCCUGCACACUACAGCAGGCCAGACAGAAACCUCCGCUGCCAGUCCCAACCCAUCAUGUGGCAGACCAGCCAGCUGAGCCAGGAUGAAGUCUUGCAGAUGCUGCAUGACGCCCCAGCAGCUCCACCACAGUCCUUAAACAAGUACAAGGUCCUUCCCUCCAUAGAGAAGAGACAGACAGAUGUGGGGAGUCUGGAUAAACACAUAUCAAAGCUCCACCUGUGUGAUGAUGCUGCCCUGCAGCAAAAGCACCCCCCUAGAGUGAAAACCUGCACCUCUGAGAGUGACCUAAAGGGUAAUGUAUGGCCAAAGUACCCUCCAGAUCCAGGACCAGUCGCAGCCAAAGAUGGAUCCACUGGUACUUUGCUCCUGGCAAUCAGAGCACCAUGUGGGAAGAGAUUUCAGCAGCACUUUGACUCCACAGACACCCUGCUGGCUGUGAAAUCCAGAGCUGAAGUGGAGUAUGGAGUCCAGUAUGGAGAGGUUUCCAUCGAGACCAUGGAUGUGCCUCGGAGAACCUUCACAGACAUGGGGAUGACUUUGUUGCAGUGUGGCAUCAUGAACAGAUCGGUGCUGUGCAUCUCUCAGAGCGACAGCGAGGUGGAGAGAGUCUAACUUCAAAUGUGGAGUGUUGAUCAUUUAAAGUCUGACUAGAAUUAAAAUCAUGCUUUGUGAUUCUUUCUUGA